UAAAGUAAUAACUCAAAUAACUGCAGAACAAUGGUUAAUGCUGUUGACUAAUAAUGAUAUUUUAUAUGMUAAUAAAUAAUUAUGAGUAUUGAAUAUUGAGUAUAGUUAAUUGUACUGUGUUUUUGCUCAACAUUUSAGUCAGUUGAUMAGUGACUAAUAAAUUAGUGAACUUAUUAGAAAUAAAUAUACUAAUUAUGUGAAGUAAAUUUGUGUAUAACAUUUUAUACGGUUUUGUACUACUGUAUAUCUUACCAACGAUAUUACACAAUUACAUAAUGGCCAAUACUGGCGUAUUGCCUUUUGUACGAGGCAUAGAUUUCAGUAACAAUGAUUUUAGAACAUCAAAAUUUCCUUCUGCUGUUAUGUCAAUGUCAAGUGUUCAAUGGCUAAACUUAAAUAGGGUAAAACUACAUGAAAUCCCAGAAGAAAUUGGAAAACUUGGAAAACUAAUUAUUUUAUUUUUAGAACUGAAAGAUAUAUUUUCUGUAAUUUCUAUGAUAAAUUCCAUUCCUAAUCAAUUAUUUGUUCAUUUGACAGAUCUACUGUCAUUAGAUUUAAGCAAUAAUGAACUACAAACACUUCCUCCACAAAUGAGAAGAUUAACAAAUUUGCAAACAUUAAUGUUAAAUAAUAAUCCAUUAGACCACUUUCAGUUAAGACAAUUACCAUCUAUGAAAAAUUUAACUACACUACAUAUGCGCAAUACUCAUCGGAAUUUAUCUAAUAUGCCUCCAAGUCUUGAAACGUUGACAUCUCUAACAGACUUGGAUUUGAGUUGUAAUCAACUGCCAAAAGUACCAGAUGCACUUUACACCUUGACUAAUUUAAAAAGAUUGAACCUGUCAUCCAAUCUUAUCAUAGAGCUUUCAUUGGCAUUAGAGGUUUGGCAAGAACUUGAAGUUCUUCAACUCUCAGACAAUGAAUUGACAUCUUUACCAGCAUCACUUUGUAAGCUAUCAUCGCUUAAACGGUUAUAUGUAAACUACAAUAAACUUGAUUUUGAUGGUAUUCCUUCCGGAAUUGGUAAAUUAUCUGCAUUGGAAGUAUUUUCUGCUUGCGGAAAUUUAUUAGAAAUGAUUCCAGAAGGUUUAUGUAGAUGUGGUAGCUUAAAAAAACUCUUGCUUGGCUCUAAUAAAUUAAUUACAUUACCUGAUACAAUUCAUUUAUUAAAAGAUAUAGAAGUACUUGAUUUAAGUAAUAAUCCACACUUAAUAAUGCCACCAAAACCUACUAGUAUGGCAACUGAUGGAUUGCAAUUCUAUAAUAUUGAUUUCUCUCUACAAAAUCAGUUGAGACUUGCUGGAGCUGUAGUUCCAAGUUCUAUACAGCCAUCGCAAGCUUCCAGCCGUGAUCCAAUUGCUCGUAAAUUAAGAUUACGGAGAAGUAAAAGGGAUCAUGAAGAAGAAAAACAAGCAAAAAUACUCAAAGGUAUGCAAGACAUUGCAAAUGAUAAAAAUAAUGAAACUUUUGAUGAUUGUGUAAAAGCAGAGUCAUUAAAUUUUAACAAGUAUAAUGCUAAUGUGGAUGAAAAUUUUGAACCACCACGUCCUCGUUUAUAUCAAGUGAAAUUGGGUAUGGGCUACUUAGAACUACCUCAAGUUGAAAUAUUACAUAAUACUUUAGAGCAUUCACUUUUAAAUUCUAAAAAUGUAUAUAUUCUUGAUUCGUCUACUGAUUUAUACGUUUGGUUUGGAAAAAAGUCAACACGGUUGGUGAGAGCAGCUGCUGUUAAACUCUCUCAAGAAUUAUUUUCUAUGAUUGAACGUCCAGAUUAUGCAUUAACAAUGCGAAUUCAAGAGGGAAAUGAACUUCAAAUCUUUAAAAUAAGAUUUGUUGGGUGGGAAGAAGUUAUUGCAGUAGAUUUUACUAGAACUGCUGAAUCUGUUCAAAAAACUGGUGCAGACCUUACUAAAUGGGCUAUGAAACAAGAAACUAAACAUGAUUUAGCAGCAUUAUUUACUCCUCGUCAACCACCUAUGUUGUUUAACGAAGCAUUACAGCUAAUGCAAGACUGGAAUGAUGAUUUAGAUCAAAUGGAAUCUUUUGUUUUGGAAGGGAAAAAAUUUGUGAGAUUACCUGAAGAUGAAUUAGGACAAUUUUAUAGCAAAGAUUGUUAUGUAUUCUUGUGUCGUUAUUGGGUACCUGUUGAUGAUGAAGAAGGAAAUGAAGACAUAUCAGAGGGUCAGCCUGAAGAUUUCCAAUGUGUUGUAUAUUUCUGGCAAGGACGAGAUGCAUCAAAUAUGGGCUGGCUUACAUUUACUUUUAGCUUAGAGAAGCAAUUUAAAGCAAUGCUUGGUGAAAAACUAGAAGUAAUUCGUACUCAUCAACAACAAGAAAAUAUUAAAUUUUUGUCUCAUUUUAAAAGAAAAUUUGUUAUACAUUCUGGUAAAAGAAAAGUAAAACCACCACCAGUUCAACUUUAUCAUUUAAGGUCUAAUGGUAGUGCACUCUAUUCAAGACUUAUUGAAAUUAAACCAGAUGCAAGGAAUUUAAAUUCAGCAUUUUGUUACAUUUUAAAAGUUAAAUUUGAUCAAGAAGAUUCUAAUGGAAUUGUAUAUUUAUGGGUUGGAUCCAAAACUGACCCAGAAGAUAUAAAACUAGCUGAAGAAAUUGCUGAUGAUAUGUUUAAUGAUGCAUGGACUAGUUUACAAGUAAUAAAUGAAGGUGAAGAACCCAAUAACUUUUUCUGGGUUGCAUUAGGCGGUGAAAAACCUUAUGAACGAGAUGCUGAAUACAUGAAAUUUACAAGACUAUUUCGUUGUUCUAAUGAAAAAGGAUAUUUCACUAUAUCAGAAAAAUGUUCAGAUUUUUGCCAGGAUGAUUUAGCUGAUGAUGAUAUAAUGGUGCUKGACAAUGGGGAGCAGGUAUUUUUAUGGCUUGGUGCUAGAAGCAGUGAAGUGGAAAUAAAAUUAGCUUAUAAAUCUGCUCAGGUAAUAUAUUUUAUAUAA